UAGCGAGGAGAACCCCCUGUCCCACUUUCAGACUCAGACCCCCACACCCUCCACGGCAGAGUGGACCAAAAUCCAGACGCACAGUGGGCACGGACGGAAGAAGACGAUGGUGCAACAAGGUGUUCAGAUCCAGGCUGGGAUGCUGUUUUUGGCUCUCUGUCUGCACAUGGGAGCAGCUGCUGCAGGCAUGCUGAAAGUUGACAUGAACCCGGAUGGCAAAGGUGGCGGUGGAGACACCAUCAGCCACUCCCUGACCCUGGUGCAGCGUCUGGAGGCGCUGCUGAUUCAGGGGAACGGCAGUGACCUGUCGCUCCGGGUGGAGACUCCCAGCGCGGACGAGGUGAAAGUGAUCCAAGCCCACUCGCUGGUGCUGUCCCUGCAGAGCCCCGUGUUCGAGGAGAUCCUGCUGAGCCGCAACAGCAGCACGCUGGUCCUGAAAGAGAGCUCCGACUGUGCGGCUGUGUUUGAUAAGUUCAUAAGGUAUCUGUAUUGCGGAGAGAUUUCAAUGCGUCUGGACCAGGCCACACCUUUACACAAGCUGGCCACUAAGUACCAAGUGACAGGCCUCCAGCAGGGCAUCACCCAGUACAUGACCCAGAAUCUGGCCCGGGAAUCCACCUCAGGCCAUGUGGCAGGCUGGUAUGAGUACGCUGUGCAGGCCGGGGACUUGGCUCUGAGGGACAGUUGCCUUCAGUUUAUGGCGUGGAACCUAUCGUCGGUGUUGCAGAGCGGAGAGUGGGUGACCAUCAGCAGCCAGUUACUCAUGUCCCUGCUUCAGCGCUCUGAUCUGAUCCUGCAAAGCGAGAUGGAGCUCUUUGCCGGGCUGGAGGCCUGGAUUAUUCAGAAUGAGCCGGAUGGUCUGACAGCUGAGAAUGCUUUGAGAGCGGUGCGUUACGCCAUGAUGCCGCCACGAGAGCUCUUCCGCCUGCAGACCCAGUCAGCCAUUUUGGCUCGCUAUCAGGAGUCAGUGCGCGACCUGCUCUACAUGUCCUACCAGUUUCACUCCGCGUCGCCAAUGCAAAUGGCCAAGUACUUCGAUGUGAACUGCAGCCUCUUCAUGCCGAGGAACUACAUGUCGCCAGUUUGGGGCUCGCCCUGGAUCAUCAACAACCCCUCAAGAGACGACCGAAGCACCAGCUUCCAGACACAGCUGGGGCCCAGCGGUCAUGACUCCAGUAAGAGGGUGACCUGGAAUGCCCUGUUCUCGCCACGCUGGUUACCCCUCAGCAUGAGGCCGAUGUACACGGAGUCAGGCGCAAUGCAGCCGACACGUGUAGAGGGAGGGCGCCCUCGCAUCAUCAUUACGCCGGCCACAUCCAGCGCAGAAUUUGCUGGGGUUAACUUCCAGAAGACGGUGAUUGUGAUGGCUCAGCAGCAGGGGAAGGUGGUGGUGAAACACGUCUACAACUUCCACCAGAGCACGGAAGAAAACGGGGAUUUCCUGGCCGAGGCCGACCUGUACCGCCGGACGUCUGACUACCUAAUCGACAGCUCCCUCUUCCUCCAUAUUGUGGUGAAGCCUCUGUACCAAACCCUCAUAACCAGCAAGAACUGACCCUCUACCAAACACAAUCCAACCAUGUGAAGCAACAUCUCACUCAUAUCACAUCGUGGGGAUCUGAAACCUCUUUGUGUGUUAUGUUUGGAUCAUUUGUCUUGGGUCAUGUUAUUGCUGUUUCAUUGGGCAAUUAAUGCACCAAAGCGUUAUGUCCUACUGCUUGAGAGCAUUUUAAACAAUGGAACAUGUUUCAAAGGAUAAGUUUGGUGUUUUUCUUUAUUUUCAAAAUCUCAUUAAUCUAAGUCUGAUCAAAAACACAUCAAUGAGCCACACUCACUUUAGUACAUUUUGACUAAAGCCCACAUCCACUUCUUGCUGCCCCAAUUACUCACCAGAACACCAAAUAUGGAUCAAACCGCUAAUAAAAAUAGACCCAACAAAUGCACUAUUCCCGGUUGAGGUUUGUUGCCCCACUGUUUUAGGGCAUUACAAAGUGUUUCUAUAUAUUUCUUAUUUCUUUUAUUCUAUUAUUCCAAUAUUAGUACAGACAUGAGUUUUCAGUCCAACAAACUAAAUGAGUAGAACUAAGGUUCUUGGUGCUGUAAACCAACAAAAAACUUUCAGUUUUGAUCUUUUCAUGGAAUUUGUUGUCCAAAAGAAAAAUAUGCAAUAUCACCAGCUGUAUCUUUAAUGUUUGCUCUUCUGUUCCUGUUACAUUUUAUUUGUAUUAUUUUUUUAAUAUUGGUGCUAUUAUGAUUAAUUUACAAUUCAGGGUUCACAGUUGUCAUUCAUCACCCUGAACGCACCUGUUUGGUGAUUUCAAAAUAAUCACUAAAUCCCUGCUUUCUGGGCACCAAAAGUAAUCGUGGUGAACAUCAGGUGCUCCAACAGGCCCGUUUUUACUUUUGAUGUAUUUAUAAAACUACUCAUAUAUGCCUUCACACCAGAGUACUGUAGCUGUCAGAGUACCUUGUCAUUAGUCCAUUCAUUCA